AUGGAAGAUCUUCACUUUUCUUGCCUUUUAAAGGCUCUUUUCUUUUCACUUUUCCUUUUUCCGUCGCUUUCUUCCUGCGAGCCGCUCGGGAAAAAUGAGCUCGCGGAGCCCGCGGCGGCCGGCCUGCCGCUUUCGCGCUUCGCGCAGGCCAGAGAGCGCUUUCUCGGCGCCGUCGCCAGGGGGGCCCUGACUGGAGCCCUCGGGACUUUGGCAGGGGCCCCCGUGGCCGGGAUGGGAGCAGCAGCGGGGCUUCCCGCUGCUGCUGCUGCUGCUGCUCCUGCUGCUGCUCCUGCUGCAGCAGCAGGCGUUCCUGCUGCAGCUCCGGAAGCUGCUGCUGCUGCUGCAGCAGCAGGGGUGCCGCCAGUGGACCUGGACGCGAUCCAACAAAACUCGGAAACAAACUCAAAGAAGCUGUUGAUAGAAAAACUGGAAUUUGCAAGAGCCGUGGCUUGCCUCGGAAAGCUGAACUCCCCCGAAAUGCGGGAGGCCCGGAGCGCCGAGUUGGCGGAAAUGGCCGCAAUAAAAGGAAAGACGAAGUCCGAGUUGCAAAGAGAAGUCGAAGAAACCAAAGAAGAACUUUCCAAAAGCAAAGCCGACAGAAGAAGAGUUCAGCAAGAGCUGCGGCAAGUGGCUUCGAACGCCAUCGAGGGCUCUGCGUCCCAGGCCGACGUUUUGUUUCUCAAACACGACUUGCAACUGGCUGACGAGAAGAUAACAAUUUAUUUGGACAAGUUGACUCGGCUGGAGCAGAAGCUUUCGCGGCUGCAGCAGCAGCAGCAGCAGCAGCAGCAAGCAGCAGCAGCGGAGGAGGCAGAGGCCGAGGAGGAGCAGCAGCAAGAAUUCGAAAAACCCAAAAAGACAAAAAAACAAAAAAAGAAAUCCAGAAGACUUCAGGAAAAAGCUGCGAAGCAAAAAGACAGAAAAAAUAAAACUGCAGCAAAACCCGCCAAGAAAGCCGAAAAGGCCAAACCCGCAGCAGCAAUGCAAAAGAAAGCUGCAGCAGAGAAGAAAAGCAAGAAGCAGCCUUUCUUUGCGCAAGUAGAAGAAGCGCAAGGGCAGCAGCUGCUCCCGCAGGAGCAGCAGCAGCAGCAGCAGCAGCAGCAGCAGCCACAGCAGCAGCAGCAGCAGCCACAGCAGCAGCAGCAGCAGCCACAGCAGCAGCAGCCGCAACAACCGCAGCAGCAGCAGCAGACCCCCACUCCCCCCCAGCAGCCGCAGCCGCAGCAGCAGCAGACCCCCACUCCCCCCCAGCUGCAGCAGCAGCAGCGGACCACCACUCCUCCGCAGCUGCAGCAGCAGCAGCAGCAGCAGCAGCAGCAGCAGCAGCAGCAGAGCCUCACUCCCCAGCAGGCGCAGCAGCAAAUAGAGUACCAGUACCACCUGCAGCAAAUGCAGCUCGAGACGCAGCGGCAGCAGCAGCAGCAGCUGCUGGCUCAAGCAGCAAAUAUUCCAACAGAAAAAGCCCCUCCCAGCUGGUUCUCGAAGCGCCGCAGAAAUGCAGAGUGA